AUGAGCACCAUUAAAAUUGAAGGCCCGGUCCUCAUACUUGGCGGUUGCGGCUUCUUAGGACACCAUCUCGUCCGAGAAUUUGUUCGCGCAAGCCCAACCUCCCAGAUUGUCGUCGUCGACGCAAACACUGAGCGCAAUCGAAACGCAUCGGCGACCUAUUUCACAGCCGACAUCCUCCAACCCGACAAGUUGGCCCAAAUAUUCCAAGACGUGCAACCCCAAGUGGUGCUGCACACGAUCUCGCCCUCCCCCUUCGAAGUCAAUCAUGCACUGCUAGAACAAGUCAAUGUAGUCGGGACACAAAACAUACUCGAAUGCACUAAAGCUGUCGGCACCGUUCGCGCACUAGUAUACACAUCUAGCUCCUCCGUGGUGCACAACCAGCGCUCGCCCAUGGUCGAAGCAACCGAGGACCAGCCCGUGCUCUUUCAUCCCAACCAACCCGAAUACUACUCGCACACUAAAGCUAUCGCAGAGAAGAUGGUGCUAGCUGCGAACCGCGAGAAUGGCCUGCUGACUGCUGUAGUCCGACCGGCUGCACUGUACGGUGCUGGUGACACCAUCAUGACUACCAACGUCACGCAGCAAGCGCUCAGUGGUCGCGCUAACAUCCAGUUCGGAUGCCAGUCUUACCUCUACGACACGUGCUACGUAGAGAACUGCACUUAUGCGCAACUGCUACUUGUGAAAGCGCUGCUUGAUGCUUCUUCUUCGGCGCCAUUAUCCGCAGACAAGAAGAUCGAAGGAGAAGCCUUCUUCGUCACAAACGACGAGCACGUUCCUUUUUGGAACAUCGCUAGAAUUGUUUCCGAGCUCCUCGGGACACCCGUCAAGGAUGAGCAAGUAAAGCGUAUCCCGAUUUGGCUUGUUAGUAUGCUGGCGUGGAUGGCCUCUUGGCUCUAUUGGGUCUUUUCGCUUGGCCACAGACAGCCCAAGCUUACUCCAUGGGUAAUUCGUCUCUUGACCAUGGAGCGGACGCUUUGUAUAGAUAAGAUUAAGACGAGGUUGGGAUACAGGCCACUGUUUACAAAUAGACAGGGGUGGAAGAAGUCGCUCGAGUGGGCUGUGGAGUAUGUGAAGGCUGACAAGGAGGGAAAGACAGCGUAG